AAGCCUCGUUCGCUUGUUGAAUGAGAGGUCCUACUAGGAAAGCACGCCCAUUCAUACAUAGUGAGAAGCUGGAGAGCCCUGGUAUAAGAUUUAAAGUGCAGGAGUGUGCUCUGCAGUUCACAAUGACCACUGUCUGGAAGGACAUUUACAGCAACAAAGAUCUGCUUACGGAGUUGGAGGCCAUUGCUAUAGAUAAGGCUCUGCUCCAAGGAGUUCUCAUGAGAACCAAAGAUAGGCCAAAUUCUUCUGAAGUGGUGAACUUUGCUCCCUUCACGCUCCUCCCCUCCCCUGUUCCCAGAGCUCUCUUUGAACAAGCCAAGCAGGUCCAGGAAGAUUUUAAUGUCCUCGUAGAUAGAAUCAGCCAAAACCCCUUCUUCUUGGAACAAACCCUCUCUAGCACAAUUAAAGUGGAUGAUUUUAUAGAGCGACUCUUCAGAAUCCAUAGAGAAGUACAGAGUGAAGGAUUAGCGCAGUCUGUAUUUCUAGGCAUCAACCGUUCCGAUUACAUGUUUGACAGCAGAUCAGGUGGGAUCCCGUCUCUGAAACAGAUUGAGAUUAAUACUAUUGCUGCUAGUUUUGGUGGGCUUGCGUCACGGACUCCUGAAGUGCAUCAGCAUGUGCUAAAGGCAUUGGGUAAAACAGAAGAAGCAAGUAAAAUACUAUCUAACAAUCCAUCCUUUGGCAUUGCGCAUGGGAUUGCAAAAGCUUGGGAACUGUAUGGCUCAGAAAGAGCUGUUGUCAUGUUUUUGGUUGAAAAUGUCCAGAGAAACAUCUUUGAUCAUCGUUAUAUUGAAAAUGAGCUUUGGAACAGAAAUAUUCGUGUUAUUAGGAGGCGCUUGAGAGACGUUUAUGAAAAAGGUUCUUUAGAUGGAGGAAAGUGCCUUUAUGUGGAUGGAUAUGAGAUUGCAGUGGCAUACUACAGAACUGGUUAUAUGCCCCAAGAUUAUGAUAAGCAGACUUGGGAGGCUCGACUCUUGAUUGAAAGAUCCAAAGCUGUCAAAUGUCCGGAUAUAGCAACUCAGCUGGUUGGCACAAAGAAAGUCCAGCAGGAACUGAGUCGCCCUCUGACCUUGGAAAAGUUUUUGCCGGAUCGACCAGAAGCUGUAGACAGAAUACGGGCAACUUUUGCAGGCCUGUACUCUUUAGAUCUUGGUGAAGAAGGAGAUCACAGUGUGAAUAUUGCCAUUGCAAAUCCAGAACAAUAUGUGCUUAAACCUCAGAGGGAAGGAGGAGGAAAUAAUAUCUAUGGGGCUGAAAUAAAGGAAAUCCUGGAGAAGUUUAAAGACCGCACUGAACGCACCUCCUAUAUUUUAAUGGACAAGAUCACACCACAGCCUGUGAAGAGCUGCCUUCUGAAAGCAGGUGGACAACUUAAGAUCUCAGAGUGUAUCAGUGAACUUGGCAUAUUUGGAGUCUAUGUGAGGCAUGGUAAAGAGAUGGUUCUCAAUGAACGGGCAGGUCACCUCCUGAGGACAAAAGCCACGGAACACGCGGAUGGUGGUGUGGCAGCGGGGGUUGCGGUACUGGAUAAUCCUUAUCUUGUGUAAUAACCCAUCCAACACAUGGGAUUAAUGUGCAACUCACAUAGUGCCUACCUACCUGUACAGAAAAGAGGAGGAAUAACAUAUUCAAUUUGUUCCAUUUCAUCAAGAAAAGACAGUUUGUUUGUGACAGUUUAGAACGGUAGUCUUCAAACUACAAGAGGCUUAAUCCAACCAAAAACUAAAUAAAAUGGGGAAGUAUUUGCUUGUUAUGGUAUUUUUAAGAUUAAUUUAUGUGUUAUAAAGAACAUUUUAUAUUUUUCAAGAAAAAAAAAAGUCUUUUAAAAUUCAGAUUGUCUAUUGUAUCCUAUAUAGCUUUUCCACAGGGAAAACCUGUAUUACUCAUUUUCAGUGUAGGUGGGGAUAUAGUAGGCAAAAGUAGCUAUUUCAAAUAGCAAAUAAGGGUAAAAGAGCUGUUUGCAAACCUUUAAAUACCCUCCAUUAAGGACCCAUAUUAAAAGGUAGAACAUUUUAGAGUACAACGUCCCUUUAAGAACUUGUAGCAUUCCUUCAUUUAGACAUUGCAGAUUUGAACCACUUAGAAACCCUGUACAAGACAGGUGAUCAGCAUGCUGGUUUCUUUAUGGUGAUUCUCAGGGACACUCUGGAGUGUUGCUGUCUGAGCUGGAGGUUUCCGUCAGAAAUAAGAUGGACGUUGCAAGGAUCUGGUAAUGGCUGCCAGGUAAACCUGCAGGUGGGCUGGGCCCAUCCAUAUUAAUAGAUGACAGGUUGCUCCUUGUGCUCCUUCUUUGUUUGUUAGGCAGUGUUGUAGCCAGGCAUAAUAGUUCUCCUUUUCUUACUAUACACAAAGACCCCAUCCCUGGUGCUGCAGAGACCACAGACUAAGUGCAGCAAAGCAGCAACUACAGAGCUCUGGCCUUAAGGUUUGGGGCUGCAGGGCCUGAGGAUUAGUCAUAGGUCUAAUAGGUCCACCUACCCCCUAUAGGCUGAUCUACUAUGGAUAUGCAGCUAAUAGAUGGGCUGCAGGGACAGUGGUCUGAGGUAGCCAAAUUAUUACCCGUACGUACCUUAGUUCACCAUAUCUCCAUAUCUUUGCUUUUUUAUCUAUUCAUUUUACAGAGGUAGUUGCCUUGUGAUAUCCUUAUGUUUUUUGCAUGAAUUUCAGACGUUUUGAUGCAACCAAACAAAAACAAAUAAUGGUGGAUGAGGAAUAAUAUGCCAGUGUAUAUAGGCUGAUUGUCAACAAAAUGGAAAUUCUGACUGUUCAUUCAUAAUGCAUUCCAUGGUACAGGUCCUGAUUGGUGGGAAAGGACAGUCUCUUUAACUUGGCACCUGAAAAUUGUGAUUGACAGGACAUUUUAAAAUACAUUCUAACUGUUAAAUAAAUACAAAUUCCAGAUUCCCUUAACAAACCCGUUUUUAUUUUAGAAGAAUAUAUUUAAUGUAUAAUUAAAGGGACAUUGAACCCCAACAUUUUCUUUCACGAUUCAGAUAGAGCAUACCAUUUUAAACAACUUUCCAAUUUACUUAUAUUGUCAAAUUUGCUUCAUUCUCUUGGUAUCAGUUGUUGAAGGAGCAGCAGUGCACUACUGGAUGCUAGCUGAACACUUCUGGUGAGCCAAUGACAAGAGGCAUAUGCGUGCAGCCACCAAUCAGCAGCUAGCUCCCAGAAGUGAAUUACUGCUUCAGAGCCUACCUAGGUAUCCCUUUCUACAAACGAUACCAAGAGAACAAAGCAAAUUAGAGUAUUGAAGGAAAUUGGAAAGUGCUUUAUCUAAAUCCUGAAAGUUAUAAUUUUUAUUGUUGGUUUACAUACUGAGGGUGAGUUUACAUUGAAACAGAUAAUUGUUUUCAACAGGCUGAAAGUUGUCAACAGCCAUUGAAAAUGAUGACGUCUUUCAGCUUUUUACAAAGGUGCUGGAUUUUCCUUUUGCUGUUGCCAUAUUACAGUAACUGGGGGUGAUUUUCGGCUCCCAUUGAAUGAGUAAUUGCUUCUAAAUGUUUAUUUUAUUCAGUUCAUGCUCCAGCCAUUAACAACUUUCAGGUAGCAUAAUGCAAAUAUUUACUUCUGUCCCUACUAGGUGUAAAAGAACAGAAUUACCUUUACAACUAGUUUUACAAAAUGGAAUACUUUAAAACAUCUAAAACUCCUAUAUUUAUUACCUAUAAAAUCUUAUGAAUACUUAAGAUGUUAACUCUAAAAUGUUUAUAUAAAAAGUACCUAAAUCAGCUAUGAAUAUAAAAUAUAGUAAAUAUAAAUAUAUAUAUUAAUUCAUAUAUAAAUAUAUAUAAUAAAAAUAUAUAUAUAUGUAUGUAUGUAAUAUUUAAUUCAGAAUAUAUACAAGAUAUUGUUUAAAUUCCUGAAGAAAAAUACAUAAUCAUAAGAGUCUGAUAUACAUGUAAUUUUAAGUUAAUAAAUAUGUUAAAAUCUGCAUGUCUAUUGCAGGUAAGUCGAUCCCAGGUAUAGUAUGUGCAAAACGGACUUUUAUGCCAUUGGGUUAUAGUUGCUAAGCAACAUAUUCCAAGACACUAAUUUUCUUCUAAAAGCUACCAACUUGAUGAACAUUUAAAUGAAAAUGGAGACAGUGGACACACUUCACAAAAUGUAAAUGUUUUACACCAACAGAAUGUAAAAAUGCGUUUCAGCUCCAUUUUAACUUUUACAAUUUACAUUUUCCAUAAUGUCACAUUUACACCUCUUUUGAUAAGCUCUGUGAAUACUGUGACAUUAACAUUGAUUUAUGUUUUGCUGUACACUCUUACAAUCUGGACUAUGAGUAGUUUGAGCUAAAAGUACAUAAUUACAUCUAUUAUUAUGGUUACUUAGUCUAUGUAAUGAAUAUGUCAUUCCGGGACAACUUUUCAUUUCACCCCAAUUUGCUUUAGUAUAAAGCUAAUAAAAAUGUUUUCUAAGUAUUGUGGACAGCGCUGUACUUUCAUUAUGAUUUUAUUUUUGCUGCAUAUACAGUACCAGUACAUGCAACGUCUCUCAUGCUCUGUAUCUCACCCAAAAUGUGCUUAAUUCAAAUUUAGAUAUUAAUUUCAUGAAUUGUAUGGACUGGGACAAACUUUAAUUCAUUUAGACAACUGGGGAGUCUUGUGGAUACUUUUUGCUGGUUGAAAAAAGUGAAUUACAUGCAACUUUUAUAUGAAUAGUAAAAAACUAUGACAUGACCAGCACCAAAUAUAGCAAAGUAUAUUUCACCUUCAACAAAAGAAAAGUUUUUUUUAAAAUUAAGAACCAACUAAGAUGAGGAACCUUACUGUCUAAGAACGUGGACACUACAGAUUUUGUAGAAUACUUUUAUAAGGUCUUAGAUAUAUUUUUUGGCAACACAGUGUUCUUGAUUUUGGUAGCUAGCGCAAAAAUGUAGCAAAAUCGACUGCUGUAAAUUCAUUGUGAAGGUUCAACUCAUCAUUCAACCACAUCUAUAUUGGAAAGCCUCAUGUUAUGUUUAAAGCCAAUCUUUUUUUUCUUUAAAAUGUUUAAAUAACAAAAAAAAUCAGCUUUAUACAAAAUUUGUACAAUAAAUGUAAUCAUAUUAUGACAAAUUAAAAUAAUCUUUAAUAUUGCUGGUUAUCUUUUGAUUAUGUGUAAAAAAAAUGAAAUAAAAACAAUAAAGUAAAAAUCUUUAGCUUA